UGCGGCAUCCGUUAACAAGAGUGUCGUAACCUCACAUACAAUUCUUUCUCAACAUUACGGUUGUCAUAAUUUUGUGUUUAAAAUUUUGGAACUAAAACUUCAUUAUGUCGUUGGACGAAAGAUUUAAUAAUGCAGCCAUAACCGUAAAGGAAUUAGCUGCGCAACCAGAAGAUGAAGAUUUACUCGAAUUGUACGCAUUGUACAAGCAAUCUACUAUUGGCGACUGCAAUACAGAGAGACCGGGUAUGUUGGAUUUUAAAGGAAAAGCGAAAUGGGACGCUUGGAAUGGUAAAAAAAGUAUGGGACAAGAAACGGCGAAAGAGCAGUACAUCACUAAAGUGGAAGCAUUAAUUGCUUCUAUUGGAAAGAAGUAGUAGAUUCAUUCAUUACGCGUAUACAUGCACAUGAAUAUUUAUCUUACGAUUUCACUCAAUUGAUUACAAAACUUUUUCACUAUUGAUAGAGAAACACUCAAAAUUAUGCAAACAUAUAUGCAAAUGAUUAUGUAUAGAUAUAGUAUAUAAAUACCGAUUUUAUUUAUUAGAAUUUACACAAAUUUUUGUUCCACCGAUUUAUGUGAAUUUUGUAUCCAAUGAUUUUAUUGCAAUUAGUAUAAAACUAUUUGUGGCAUAUACCUUGAUUUUCCUUUUUUCAAACAGUACUUUGAUCUCUGCCGUUUAUGAUAGUCCCAUACUGAAACUGCACACUUUGCUUAUACUCAAGAUGAUUAGUGUAUAUUAAUAAUGUAUUUCUAUAACAUUUUUUUCUUAUCAUUAUAUACACAUAUGUAAAUAGAUAUAAUCAAAGGAAAUACGCUCAAAAAACGAUUCUUCUAACAGUUUUUCAACGGUGCACAUCAGCGCGUAUUUAGCUAAAACUUAAAUCAGUAAAUAACGCUAGAGCCAACGACAAUAAAAAUACACAGCGAUGAAAAUAAA